GUAUAAAUCCAAGCCAUCGAUUCUCCUCUCCUGGGGCAAGCACAAGCAAGUGGAGAUUGGCAGACAAUGGCAAUACAAGGGCUGGCUUUGGCUGCAUUCAUUCUUGCAGCGAAGGCAAUAACAUUGGUUUCGGCUGCUUCACUCGUCACAUAUAUUUUUGGUGACUCGUUGACCGAAGUUGGAAACAACAAUUAUCUUCAAUAUUCUCUUGCAAGGUCUGAUUAUCCGUGGUAUGGAAUCGAUUAUUCCGGUAGAAAGGCAACCGGAAGGUUCACAAAUGGGAGGACUAUUGGUGAUAUAAUCUCUGCAAAACUUGGGAUUCCACCACCACCACCUUACCUUUCAUUGUCAAAGAAUGAUGAUGCAUUACUUACGGGGGUCAACUAUGCAUCUGGUGGAGCAGGAAUUCUUAAUGACACGGGCUUAUAUUUUAUUCAGAGAUUAUCCUUUGAUGAUCAAAUAGACUGCUUUAAAAAGACCAAGGAAUCAAUCACGACUAAAAUAGGUGAAGAUGCUGCCAACAAGCUUUGCAAUGAGGCCAUGUACUUCAUUGGAAUUGGCAGCAAUGACUAUGUUAACAAUUAUUUGCAGCCAUUUUUAGCAGACAGUCAACAGUACACACCUGAAGAGUUUGGAGAACUCCUUAUUUCUACCUUGGACAAACAGCUUACGAGGCUAUACCAACUGGGUGCCAGAAAGAUGGCCUUCCAUGGCCUUGGUCCACUUGGUUGCAUUCCAUCUCAGAGGGUGAAAUCAAAGACAGGGCUGUGCUUAAAGAGAGUAAAUGAAUGGGUGUUGGAAUUCAACUCCGGAGUUAAGAAGCUGAUCGCCACUUUAAACCACCGAUUCCCAAAUGCUAAAUUCACAUUUGCAGAUACAUAUGGAGAUGUUUUGGACUUAAUUGAUAAUCCUACUGCUUAUGGCUUCAAGAUCUCCAACACUUCAUGCUGCAACGUGGAUACCAACAUAGGAGGUUUAUGCUUGCCAAACUCAAAACUAUGCAGCAACCGCACAGAUUAUGUGUUCUGGGAUGCAUUCCAUCCUUCUGAUAAAGCAAAUGAAAUACUGGCAGAAAAGUUCUUUUCCACCCUGUUCUCAGGUCCUCCAUCUACAGCACCAAAGCCUUCUCAUUGAUUGAUGACUCAACAACAACAUAGAGCUGAAACACUGUAAAGGUAAAGGGGCUUAUGCAUCUACAUUAGGUUUUUGAUGGAGAGACCUAUUAGAUAUACAUGUAGCUAAUAAAUACUUUCGAAAGUUUUCCAUUGUCAAACAAUGAACUUAUUAUGAAGUAGCUAAAUAAUCAAAUCAGUUGAAUGGUCAGUAUAAAA